AUGAUACACUCAAAUAUGUAUAUAUAUAUAUAUAUAUUACUAGGUCGUGUUCAUUCAGCAGUUGUAUCUGGCGUUAAUUGGAACAAUAGAAGUGUAACUGUAGAAUGGUUUGAGCAUGGAGAAACUAAAGGAAAAGAACUUCCCGUAGAUCAAAUUUUAAGUUUAAACCCAGAUUUAUGUCCCGAACCUUAUUAUCCUCACAAUACAGCACCUGCCAGUAAUUCCAAUUCUACUGGAGGUAUUAAUCGAAUGAGACUGAAUUUUGCUAAACUUGGCGUUCCACAAAAUUUGAGUAACGGAGUACCGUCCGGUGGUGGAGUUCCACCUCGACAAGUUAGAAAUAGGCCUAACUCAAACAUCACAAAUGGUCAUGGAGUUCCCAGUGAUUACACAAGUAAAGAAACUGAAAUUUUGCAAAUUUCUCAACAUCAACAACCUUCUACUCCGAAUGCAGUGCAUCGGAUCACUCCUACUUUUGCUGUACCUCAAGCUCGAACUAAUACAACGCAAGCCCUAAUUACUGCUCAACAAACUAGAUCGAUGGGUAACACUGGCCAUCAAAUUGAUCAAGCAUCAACUUUGCCAGUAGCAAAUCCGGCAGUUACAAGAAGAAGCAAUGUUGUUAAGGAGGUAGAAAAAUUAAAAAAGAAUCGUGAGGAAAGGAGACUUCGGCAGGCCGAAUUAAAAGAAGAAAAAGAAGCCCUUAUGAACUCGGAUCCCGGGGAAUAUCGAUCUAAUUUAGAGUUUCGUCCUCUAAAAGAAAACGAUACAAUUGAGGAUCAUCAAAUAACUGUUUGUGUGAGAAAACGACCAUUAAAUAAAAAAGAAAUAAACAGAAAAGAAAUAGAUGUGGUGACGGUUCCUACUAAAGAUCAAAUAGUCGUUCAUGAACCAAAAAAUAAAUUUGAUUUAACGAAGUAUUUGGAAAAUCAAAAUUUUAGGUUUGAUUAUGCUUUUGAUGAUUCUUGCAAUAAUGAAACUGUGUAUAAAUUUACUGCUAAGCCUCUCGUUCAAACAGUUUUUGAAGGUGGAAUGGCCACUUGUUUUGCUUACGGGCAAACCGGAAGUGGAAAAACUCACACAAUGGGUGGUGAUUUUAAUGGUAAAACUCAGGAUUGCAAAAAGGGUAUUUACGCAAUGGUGGCUAAAGAUUUUUUCAAGUUUCUUAAUUCGCCUAAAUACCGUUCUUUGAAAUUAAUUGUUUCUGCAAGCUUUUUUGAAAUAUAUAGCGGGAAGGUAUUCGAUCUGCUAGCGGAUAAAGCUAAACUAAGAGUAUUAGAAGAUGGAAAAAAUUGCGUUCAGAUCGUAGGUUUAACAGAAAAAGUAGUGGAAAACGUGGAUGAAGUAUUAAAAUUAAUUCAACAUGGUAACUCUGUUCGUACAUCGGGACAAACAUCCGCAAAUUCAAAUUCAUCGAGAUCGCAUGCUGUUUUUCAAAUUAUUGUCAGAACACCAGGAGUAAAUAAAAUUUAUGGAAAAUUUUCUUUAAUUGAUUUAGCUGGAAACGAACGCGGAGCAGAUACGUCGUCAUCAAAUCGACAAACCAGAAUGGAGGGUGCUGAAAUAAAUAAAUCACUUUUGGCUUUAAAAGAAUGUAUUCGAGCUCUUGGAAGAAAGGGAGCUCAUUUGCCUUUUAGAGCAAGUAAAUUGACACAAGUACUAAGAGAUUCUUUUAUUGGAGAAAAAUCAAAAACUUGCAUGAUUGCCAUGAUAAGUCCAGGAAUGAGCUCAUGUGAGCAUUCAUUAAAUACUCUAAGGUAUGCUGAUCGAGUUAAAGAAUUAGCCGUGACGGAGCCACCUGAAAAAAUUUCUCCAACAGACGGAGGAUCACCUGAAGUUGUAGAACGUGCAAUGUUAAAUGACAGUGAUUUAGCCCAGCUUCGGUCUUUAAAUGAAGGAGAAUUGUCUGCCGAUUUGUAUAAUUUUCAUGAAGUAGUUUCCCAAUUGCAACAACAAGAAGACGAAGUAUUAGAUUUACACAAAGAAGUUAUUGAUUUCCAAAGUAAAUGGUUUAAGGAAGAUAUUGAAUUACUCAACAGUACUAGGGAAGUCGAUUACGACCAGGAAGUUUAUUCUACCCGAUUACAAAAUUUAAUUAAAGAAAAAAUGAAUAUAUUUAGGGCCUUUGAUGAAAAAGUAGCGUCUUUCAGAGACCAAUUAGUAGCCGAAGAACAAUUUAGCCAAAAAGUGAAACCCAGGCCCGGGAGAUUUAACUAA